AUGUCUCCAAGAUCAAGGGUUUGGGGUGCAUGCAGAGCUCUCGCAAUUCGAUCGAGGCCUGCUGCCCCCCGGCCUGGGCCGUUCGCCAACACUCUUCCCCGGAACCGGUGGUACUCGAACGAGGGGAACGACAAGCCCCCGAAAGCGAUUGACAACGCCCCGAAACCCGACGAGUCCCAAUCCGAGCCUAUUUCGAAGGAUGUUGGUGCUUCCGAAGCCUCGACAGGGAAGGAAGACGCCGAGACUACUGGUUUGACCAGCUCCGAGGAAGUCUUGGACGAUGCGACUCUCGAACAGCUAUUCUACGGCGGCCGUACGGUAUCGAGCUCAGUUGAGGGCGGAUUGACCCCGGCCCAGGAGCAUAUUCUCUACCAGGAGGGCACCAUCCCCUCAGCCGAGAAGGCGGAAGCUCUCGUUGCUGCAGCUGAGAAUGCCGAAUUGGCCCAACCCAACACUGAGGUUGAGAAUCCUGGUCACAAGUUCGGCAUGCCCCAGCGGCCGUGGCCACAAGGUUUCAACUUGAAGAAGCGAUACCAUCCUGUGCUUGAGCAGAUCACCCGCCUGUUGAUGCGGGAUGGCAAGCUGAGCGUUGCACAGCGGAACAUGGCCACAGUCAUGAACAACCUCCGAACCGCACCACCUCCGAUCUACAGCCCAAAAUAUCCCCUCCUACCCGGAACCCCUCCGGCUGAACACCUCCCCCUCAACCCGAUCCUGUACAUUACUGUGGCCAUCGACUCGGUGGCACCUCUUCUCAAGAUCCGCAACGUGGCGGGUGCCGGCGGUGGUGGCCGAGCUCUGGAGCUUCCGGUGCCCCUUGGCGUGCGACAACGACGACGUGUCGCCUUCAACUGGAUCCUGGAUGUGAUCAACAAGAAGCCCUCCAAGGGCAGCGGACGCAAGCAGUUCCCCCACCGGAUAGCAGAGGAGAUCAUCGCCGUCGUGGAGGGACGGUCGAGCGUGUGGGAGAAGCGGAAGGUGGUGCACAAACUGGGCACGGCAGCCCGAGCCAACAUUGGGUCCAACAAACUCAAGACGAAGAAGAAAAUGUAG